UCUAUUUUCAAUUUUCAGGUACCGCUGAAUUGCAAAUUAACUGGGAAAGGGUUUUCUUAGAUUUAUCAAAAUCGUUUUCUGCAACACGCUGGAAAUUAUUUGCAUAUGAAUUACUAAGCAAUUGUCAGAAGAUGACUAGAAGCGUUCAUGAUACAGUUGAUGAAAUUGAGCUAGAAGCAAAGAAUCAGCAUACAGUGGGUUGGGUCAUUUAUGCGUAUUUAAAAGUAUUCAAUAAAUGGCUUAACAAUCUAGGAAGCACAAGGGCAACCUUUGAACACAUCAAAAAUGCUGUUACAAGCGCCUUUGAUGCAGAAGAGGAUAUAAAAAUGGUUGAUUCUAUCGAAAGGAACCCCCCAAUGAAAGAGGCAACGCCAAUGUGUUUCCUUGAAGUCCCUAACAAAUUAGUCAGACCAUUUGGCAGCAACUUUGCACAUUCACAACAGGUUAUGGCCUUACAUGAUGAUGAAGUACAAGGCAACUCUAAUUGUGCAAGAGGAAUAUUUGUCAGUUCAAGUGAAACUCGUAGUUACCAAUUGGCUCAUUGUCCCUACUGUUCUAAGUAUACUACAAACGAAAUAUCCAAUCGGGAGGAAACAUUAGUACAAUUAAACAAAAACAGUAUUGAAACUAAAUACAAUUAUGAUGAUACCAAUAUUGCCGAACGAGAGCGAAUAAGUAAACGAAAGCAAGAUCAAUCAACUACUCAGCAAUAUAAACGGAGUGCAAAUGAAAAGUAUAUCAUGGAAAAUGCCAAGCAAAAUCUGCUUUUCGAUAUCAUGCCAAUUCGUCAAAAUGAUUAUGACAUGUUUAUGGAUUUUGUUAUAGACCUUAUUUCGAACGAAUGUCAUGUAAGUAAAGACGUUAUAUUAUCCAUAACAUACGAAGGCUUCUGUAAAGCCCACCAAACAAAAACAAAGGAAAAUGAAACUUUAUAUAUAAUAAAAUCGGGAAAGACAAGUCUUUGUAUUAGAAAAGAUGUAUUCGAGGAUUUAGCUGUUUACGGUAAUGUCGCACGACCAAAGCUGCUAAAACAUCUGGUGAAAAGAAUAUUGAAUGUGAUAACACCAUGUUAUUGUUCAUCAAAUUUGAACAAAUGAAAAAUAAAGAUGAUAAUAGCGUAAGGAAUGAUGCUGAAAAAGAAAAUAAUGCCGAGCAAAAUUUCCAAGUUAAUGGUCAAAAUGGAUUAUGCCCUGACAUGAACGAAUCUGAAGAACCAUUUAGCAUCAAAACAAGUCUCAAACAAAACUCCUCUGGUCAGUAAUUUGAACCUGAAGAAAAAGUAGGGUCAGCAAAGGUUGAGCAUGGUAAGAAAGAAUUAGACAACAAAGCAGAGUGUGAACAAGAAUCAGUGAACAAUAAGGGAAACAAUGACAAAGAUACAGAUAUAGAAAAGGAAUUAGAAAACAUGAAAGAACGGUUCUUUCCGGUUGGUGAUGAAACAUAUAAUUUACCGACAACAGCCAAUGUAGCCGAUAUACUAAAUAAUUUUAAGGAUCAUAAAUAAUACUCCUUAAGAUAGCACGUGUGUAUCACAAGUGGAUAAACUGUAAAGUCAUUUUAAUUGUCAUGCUUGCUUUAUUUUACUUAACUAUGU